CAAAAAGCCAAAGGCACUUUGAAAUUCCUCUUGACUUUGUGCCACGCAGGUGCAUAAUUUGAUUUUAAUUACCUGUGCUAGAUUACAAAGAAUACUGCUUUUUUAUUUUUUAUUUUUCUGAGUAAAAUUACACGGCUACACGGCUAACAUACGCACUCAAAUCUGCAUAGCAAUAGCCAAUUUGAAUUCCGUUAAUGGGAGUGGCGGCCCCAUUUUCCCCACCCUCUCUCUCUUCGCACUUGAGAAAAAGCUAGACUUCUUCUCAUUUCAAAAUCUCUUCACUUUACUCUUUCAAACCGAAGAUUUUCGUUUUUCCUUUUAUUUUCUUUGUUUCAACGGCAGCAAAGCAACAGAUUCAAGAUGCUCGACGGGAUUCUUGGCCGUGGAUUCAGUGUCAAAUGCAAAUCUCUGAUUAAGACGACACGGGCGAGGAUCGAGGUUGUAAGAAAGCGAGCUGAUGCGAAGCAGAGGUUCCUGAGAGAGGAUCUGGCCAAGCUGCUGUCUAAUGGGCUCGACAUUAACGCCUAUGGAAGGACUGAAGAAUUUGUGGCCGGAAUGAAUAUCUUGUUCUGCUACGACUUUGUUGAGCAAUGUUGCGAGUACACGGCUAAGCAGCUUUCGAAGAUGCAGAAACAAGGGUAUCUUCCAUUGACAUAUGUUAAAGUGGCUUAUUUUAUUUCUCGCAUGUCUGCUGCCUGUGUCUGUGAAUCUUUGUGUUUGGAGAUGAUUCAUUUUUUGCUGAGAGAAUGCCCUGAGGAAUGUAGGGUGCCUGUGGCAUGUCUUAUGUAUGCUGCUGCAAGGUUCUCUGACCUGCCUGAACUGCGCGAACUUAGGGACAUAUUUGAACAGAGAUAUGGAAAUUGUUUAGAAGCUUUUGUCAACCAGAAGUUUGUUGAGAAACUAUCUUCGAGGCCUUCUACUUCCGAAAAGAGACUCAAGGUACUGCAAGAUAUAGCUUCAGAGUUUUCGAUAAAGUGGGAUUAUAGGGGUUUUGAAAGGAGAAUGACUGCCCCUUCAGCAGUUGCACAGGUACAUUUGCAAAAAGUGGACGUAGUAAAACAAAGCCCUGGGCUUUUGGAAGAGAGAAAAGGCAGAAUACGCGAGGGUGGAGCAGAUAACAACAACUCUAGACGAGACGAAGCUUAUGGAGUUACUGAAUACAAGGAGAAGUCAGCCUUAAGGAGGGAUAAUAGAACUGACCUUAAGCAAUCAUAUCUUAUCGAGAAAAGUGACUCAAAACAGAAGGUGGAAAAGUCCAAUGAAAAGGUAGAGCUUGCUCCAAACCCAAGCAAAGGAGAAAGCAAACAAACAGUAUUUCGUGAAAAGGUAGAGCUUGCUCCUAACCGUCUGGAAAGAACUGAAAACGACAUUCCCAGUUCUGCUCUCCCGCCACCAUAUGUCAAAUCAAAUGACAAAAAUAUCCCUCCUCCCCCAUAUAUGAAGGCCAAAGAAGAUAAAUAUGGACACGGUAAAAAAGAACAAAAUAACGGCCGUUUAAAAGAGCUAGAGGCGAUUCCCCCCUUACCGAGACCACGUUCGACUAGAAAAAAACACCACAAAUUGCCGAAUGACUCUACCGAUGAAGAGCAUGAAGGGAGGAGAAGGGAACAUUCUAGAAAGGGCCUGCAGAUAUUGUUUGACGAGGACCACCACCACAAGAAGGAUGAAGAGGAGAGGAUGAUCGAUAAACUUUUAAUGCAUUACAGCAAGAAGCCUUCGAGCUAUGAAGAUGCCGGGAAUUUGAGGAAAAAAUCGCCUCGUAAAAAACAAAAUCCCGAUCUUGGCGAAUCAUCUGUUGCCGCCUAUCCCACGAGAUCUGUUUCUCUUCCUCACGAGCAGCAUCAUCAAAUUACUUCACCACUGCCUGAAAAGAAGGUUUUCACCCGAGCCAACACUUUCGAGCAGGAUCGUAACCAGGCGCGCCAUGUGCAUCCCAAGCUGCCUGAUUAUGAUGAUUUAGCUGCGAGGUUUGCAGCCCUUAAGGGUGGAUAAUUGGUAAAAAUUGUGUUCCUUUGAGAAAUGUGGAUUAAUUGAUUAGGUCAUAUGAAUUUAAUUUUUGGAUGUUAUUGACCUGAGAUUGUGAAUUUGUUGAUGCUUUAGAACUUGUGCAUGAUAUGAUGCUUACUGCAAUUCAAUUGUUUAGUGCUGAUGAAUGUAGGAUGUUGUGGCUUGUGAGUGUUUUGUAUUUUUCAGUUCAGAUUGUGACCAUUUAUACCUGGAAUUUAACAUGGAAGCCUUAUGUAUCUCAUAAAUUGAGAUGGGUAUGUGUUUCCCUAGUUUGUGCAGUUUAUGACAUAAUGGUACUGUAAUAGCUAAACAUGUUUUGUAGAUUUAAA